UGGAGCAUCGUCUUCAAUCGGUCUGUGCUCGUAAGAUCACACACGACGUGCCGGGUGUUGUUUAGCAAGUUCAUAGUUAACAGUUUAGUUAACCGAAUUUUUAAACGUAACACAUCGAUAUCACAGUCGUAAUGGCAUCAAUGGCAUUAAAGUCCGCAUUGUUGGUGGUACUGGCAUGCAUCCUCCACUGCGAAGGAGCUGCCUUGCCUCACGACCAGGCCAGCAGACCGGUGGUCGGUAUCCUCGCCCAAGAACAACCUUUAUACCUGAGAAACAGGUUCUCGGAAGAAAAUUACACGAGUUUCAUAGCAGCCAGCUAUGUGAAGAACUUGCAGUUUUCUGGAGCGAACGUCAUUCCUAUACCUAUUGGAAGAGACCGUCAAUUUUAUAAGGAGUUGAUGCAGAAAAUAAAUGGUGUAAUUCUACCGGGUGGGGAGGCGCCUUUGAGAAGAUCUCAAAUCAACGGCUACGCAGACGCGGGCCAGCACAUCUACGAACUGGCGAUGGAGAUGAACGACGCUGGAGACUACUUCCCCAUAUUCGGCGAAUGUUUGGGACUCCAGUUCUUGAUCGUCGUAGCUUCAGGACGAGGCGAGCCGCAAAACAAAAUGAGGUGUCACGGUUUCGGCAAUUUCCCCAUUUAUUAUGCUGAUGGUUUCAGAAACAGCAAGCUGUUCGCUGGGGCUUCUGAUGACGUGCUUGACAUCCUGAAGAACGAGGCUGUUACUGUUAACGCUCAUAAGUUUUGCAUCACAGACGAGAACCUUAAAGCCUUCAAUCUGACAAAAGACUGGCUGGUGUCCUCAUACUCCGACGACAUCUACGGAGCCAAGUUUAUUGCUUCGAUUGAACACACCAGAUAUCCAUUCUACGCGCUCCAAUUCCACCCCGAGAAGAUUUUCUUCGAGUGGAAGCUGCAGAGAGGGUAUCCUCGCACAGAAACCGCGAUGAGGGCAAGCAAAUACUUCAUGGAUUUCUUCGUCAGUGAAUGCAGGAAAAACACCCACUCCUUCAUAAACGCUGAUGAAGAAAGGUCGUACCUUAUUGACAACUACAAACCUACUUUCACCGGGGAUUUGAGAAUUCAUUACGAGUCCUACUUCUUUGAUCCGAGGGGAGAUGUUAAGAACGUCAACCACUUCUGAAUAGGUAUUUAACAAAUUCUACACCUGUAAAUGUAUUACUGUAUUUUAAUGUCUGUUAUUGUUUUUGACACCCAACCCUUUAUCAAGCUUAAGAUUUGUUGAACCUUAUUUCAUCUGAAUAAAGUUCAAAUGGUGGGCCAAAACUUAGUCGCCACCAGGUAAAGGGUUAAGAACUGAUUCCUGAUAACCUCAUUUGUUAUAAAUAUGUAUUUAUUUUUAUGACAUGACAUUGAUAUGUUAGCAGAAAAAUAGCUAGGUAGUUUAGCAAUUUAUAAUUUUUAAGUAGGUAUUCUAAUAAAAAUGUAUGCUAACAUAAGUUAUUGGCUGAGCUAGAUAAAUCCAAUUAAAAGAAAUGUUUUAUAAAUAACGAGAUCUAUAUAAAUAUUGUAUUUGUCGGAUUUAUUACGUAAAUACGCGUAAUAAUGUUUUUUUUUGCUGACGAAGACUCUUUGGUCUCUUUGGAUAUCGACACAAACAAGUAGUAUGUCAUAUACUUGAUAAGAUAUAACGUAUCUGAUAGCCUUGACUCUUUAAUCGAAGUGUGAAAGGAUGGCUGCAGGUGCAUGUGUGAAGUUUGUUAUUUAUGGUGGUGAAGGUUUAAUUUCAUUCUUGAGUAUACAAAGUGUUAAAAAAACAAUAAAUCCCAAUUUCGAUAUUCUUGUUCUUUUUCACUAAACCAAAUAUUUUGGAAAAUGUAGGAAAAUAACAAGAUUUAUGUGAAAUCAUUGACUCUAUUUUUUACUUUCUUAGUGUAAAUCAGAAUUGUUUGAUGGAAAAUGAAAGCAUUUGUGAGAUAAACCUACUGAAAUGUAAGUUUAAUUAAUGACAAGCUUCCUUCACUUUGUAUCACAAAUAAUGAAAUUAAUUUAUAUGGUUGGUCAUGUGUUUAGUCAGCUGGUCUGAUGAUAGUGAGUGAUUGUGUAGCCAUAGAGUGUAAUAGUGUGUGUGUAAGAGUCAGGCAAGAUGCAUAUUAUUAUUGCCUUUUUGUUCCUUAUUCAUUCCUUAGAAAUAAUUUACUGAACUAAUGCCAAAUAAAUCUUAACGUGUUGUAAUAAAGUAGGUACUUUAGUAAUAAAUAAAGUAUGUAUAUUAUACCAAAACCAGUUUUAAAUAAAUAUUUU